GUGCACACGUGUUGGGCUCUAAAUUCUGGUGAAAUACAUAAAUUCGUGACUACCUGAAAAGUAAUAUUUUCAAGUUCCAACAAUCGACGAUAAUAAACGUUUCGAGAAUAAAUAUUUCACUAAAGGAGCAAAACAUGCCCCAGCUGAGUGAGAAAAUAACGACAGACACUCUGCGAAAAAUCGCAUCCAACGAGGAAUACGAUGAGAAUGAGAUUCUUUGCAUAGCAGAGUACCUCGUCAAGCUUUACGAGUACGAUUUCGACGCACAAUUUGGUCUGAUCACGACCAACGAUCCAGCCGAAAGUGAAGUCCUGGAAAAAAUCAAGCAAUUGAACAUCGAGAACACGUCUUUUUUUGCGAUAUACAGCAAAGGAAUUAAACAUUGGGUUUGCUUCGCCGUCACUUACUUGUACAAUUCGGUGAUUGUGUUGUACAAAGAUUCGUUGGGAGUUCAAAUACCGCAUAAUUUGAGAGAGUCGAUUGGCGAUAAUUUAAAGGAUUACAGAGUUAGAUUUGAGAGUCAUCGGGGUACUGAACAAGGUGACGAGACUAGUUCAGGACCCAUUUGUUUAAGAAAUUUGCAAGUAUUGCUGAAGGGAAUGCAAUCGGAAAGUAUCAAGGUACCACUGAUUGAGAAAUUUCAGAAAGUACGAUUCUGCACCCAAUACGGUGUGCAAAGUGUCAAGCGAGAAUUUCGACUAUGGCUACAAAAGUAUCUACUCAUUGGUCUGGAAGAAGUAGCUACAGAACUUUUAGAAGAUCAAAAUUACGAAGAUUUUCGCCAAGAAUUGUGUCACUUCAUUGAUAGUUGCUUGAAAAUACUUAAAGAGACGUAUGUGUUGUCCAGUACGUACGUUUCAAUUCUGAAGUCUGAGGCAAAGAAAAAGGAUCAAGAUCCUCGUUACGAAAGCGAUCACAAAAGCCAAAGAGCAAUGAAGGAUACUAAGGAAAGCUUCUACAGAAACAAUGCAAUACAAAGGAGUUUGAAGUUCGACAAGCACGAUUUUAUUGAUCUGGAUGAGGGACAUCGAGUUUACAAUCUGGAUAUACAGGAGAAGUAUCCCGAGCAAAUGCAAAAAUUCACAAAAAUCUUCGCAGUUUUGUCGCAAGCCGAGAUGAAUGAUGAGCUAGAAAAAGCUCUGAAACAAGUCAGUCUAAUGUUGAAUCUCAAAUUUGACAAAUUAAAAAUAUUCUUCGAGCAAGCCAAACAAUCAAGACGCCCGGAACUUACGAGGGCCAAUUUCACACCAUCUACUAGAUUAGCUCAUCUCGAGAAAGCCAUCGAAGCUGUAAAAGCAAAAUCUAAAGGAAUUAAGGAAUCUCUGAAACAAGACUCAGCCGACAAAAAGAUUAAAAACUGGGAGCGUUUAAUCUCUGAAUUAAUACUCGAUGUACAAUCAUCUCAAGACACGACAGCCGAAGAAAUAGCAGCUCAAACAAAAACCAUCCGCGAGAGUUUGCCGCAGAUUGAGAAGUAUUACGCCGAGUGGUCGAAGCGUGAUAUCGCCGAUAUUAAUAUGUACUCAAACGCCUGCAAAGCCGACGAGAAGGUAUUUACACAAGAUCAGAUAUACGAAGCUAUCGCUGUUCUUGAUCGAGCCAAUGAAUUGGCAACUGGAGGUUACAGAUUGAGAGCACCUCAAAUUCUUUCGGUACUGGUGUUUCUUAACUCCAUGGGGUCAUAUCACGGCAAACUUUGCCAGAUUGAGAGUGGUGAAGGCAAAACUGUGAUAGUAUCACUGUUAGCUACUAUGGUCAUUUUGCAAGGAGAAAAGACCGUCGACGUAAUAACCAGUAACGCCGUGCUAGCACAAGAAGGUGUGGACAGUCGUAAAUUGUUUUACUCGCUCUUUAACAUCAGUGUUGCUACCAAUGCAGCCGACAAAACUUACGCUCAGGGACCGAGAAAGUGUUAUCUUGCUGACGUUGUCUACGGCAGUAUCAGUGACUUUCAGUUCGAUUUCUUAAGAGACACAGCCGAAGGUUUAGGGACGAUGAGUGGCAGGCAAUUCGGCCGUGUAAUUCUCGACGAAGUUGACAACAUGUUGGUCGACAACGGCAGACACAUCGCCAAGAUAUCAUCACCGUUUCCUGGCAUGGAGAACCUCAAGUAUAUCUACAUCCAAAUUUGGAGCGAGCUGGUGAACGCCGAGUCAGAAUUGAUGGAUGAUUUUCAAGAGAAACUGAACAGCUUUUCCGACCUUAAGAAUGCCAAAGACAUGGCAGUCACGGAGUUUCUCAGGAUCUUCGAUGCGUCUAUGAUUGGAAGAAUUGAGGAAAGGAUCAAAAUUAACUUGAAGGAUUUAGAUUUGAAAUUCGUGCCAACGCACGUCCUUAAAUAUGCCGAAACCAUGAUACCAAAGUGGAUCGGUAAUGCGAUUCGUGCGCGAUACUUUAUCCACGAGAAUGAACAAUAUUCCAUUAAAGAAUCCAACGGCGAACUUGCUGUGAUCCCUGUCGAUUACAGCAAUACUGGUGUCACUCUGAAAAACACCGUGUGGUCGUACGGUCUGCAUCAGUUCGUGCAGCUCAAACACAAUUUACGUAUCAGCCCAGAGAGUCUGACCAGCAGUUGCGUGUCGAAUUACGCUUAUAUCGGCAAGUACGGCGAUAAGAUCUUUGGACUGACAGGUACUUUAGGAUCGAAGGCCGAGCAGGAUUUGUUGUCGUCGAUCUAUAAUGUAGAUUACGCGAGAAUUCCAACCUACAAGACAAAAUUGUUCGUGGAGAUGAAGGGAAUCGUCGUACCGGACGAUGAGUGGUGUUACGAGGUUACUCUGAUGACGAUUGGAAUAAUUCGAUCGACGGGUAGAGCAGUCUUGAUAAUCUGUAAAACAAUAGCCGACUUGAUGAUGCUGGAAGAGCAGUUCGAAGCGGUGAAAGAAUUACCGUGGGACUGCAAGAUCAAAUUGAAGAAAUUUCAAGACGAAGACACAGCUGACGUGACGCAGGAGAUGGUAUCCCCAGGUGACGUGAUCGUCGCAACUAACAUUGCUGGUCGCGGUGCUGAUUUCAAGACCUCACGAGAGCUUGAGAAAAAUGGUGGCUUACAUGUAUGCGUUGGAUUCUGUCCUGACAAUGAACGUGUGCGAGAACAGGCUUUCUUCCGUACUUCAAGGCAGGGAAAUUUAGGGAGUGCCCAGUUAAUUGUCAGGGAGAGCGAGAUAAGAAAGCUGAAUAUUGAUGUUUCUAAUUUAGAUGAGAUUGAUUUCGAUGAGAUGAAAAGAAGAAUCGACAUUAAUGAAAGAGAAAGACUGAGUGAUAUCAAACUAUCAAAAGUGGACGUAUUGCGCUACGAGGACGCACUGUUCAGUUUAUUUUCCGAUUUCUGUCAAGAAUUAAAGAACAACAAUGUGAUAACUUGGGGCCAUUCGUACUUGAUGAAGGACUUGAAAGAGUAUUGGGCAUUUUGGCUCGAGGAUCAAAAUUUCGAAGGCAAGCAGUUCUCAUUGAAAGAUGCCAGUUUCAUUUUUUUCAAAUUCAAACAUCACGAGAAGACAAAAAAGAUCGUUGAAGGCUCGAUAUCGCAGAAUCCUUAUUACGGAGUGUUGCAAGCCGACUUCUUCUUGAAAAACGACGAGGUUGACAAGGCUAAGGCCUCGUUGAUCAACGCGAUUUGCUUGAGUAAAAACGCGGGUGUUAUGUAUCCAGCGUUUCUCACGUUAUUUGACGCGACGCUCGAAGAGAAGGGUCCUCUCCUAGCCAAAUUCAAAAGCGUCCUGUCCAAGACUUUCCCUACCAGUAACUCCAACGGCGAGAAGCCCGUGAGCUUUAUUGCCGAGCUUCAAGACUACUUGAACAUAACGCAUGCGGGUUUGAGCGAAGAAAUAUCCUUCAUGGAGAAUCAUUAUUUCAACGACGACUGUAAUUACGAUUUUCAACGUGUACUUUUGAAACGUAUUAACGGACGUGACAAUCUAUUGGUGAAGCAUUUGGCCGCUAAAUUGACUACAUUGAAGCUUUAUUGCAGUAACGUUGAGGUUUUGCUAGAAGCUACCGAAAGUAGCGACGCGCAAAAUUUAACGAUUAGUCGAAGAUUUACGGAUUAUUUGAAAAUAUUCAAACCGGAUACUAAAGAGGAAAAGCAAACGAAGGAUCUUAUGACGGAGGCCGAACUGACGGAACUCGGCUCCAAAGGAAUGAAAACUAUUUACGGAUUAAAGAAAGUAGCUACGGUGAUGGAAUCCGUACUAGACAAAGCGAGAAAUCAGAUUUUCGGAGCUAUGACAUUGAUAGCUCGAUCAACGGCAUUCCCACCGCUGACUUUUACAAUUGCGAAUAUUGCAAGUGUAAUGGUUGCUGAGGGUGUCGCAGUUAUUGUAUUGUCACUGUUCAAAGAGGCAAAUAACAUCGACGAUCUUGCUCAAAAAGCUGAAUACCUCAAAGGUAAAUCUUUGAAUUACAUCGUAAGUCUGAUGAUCUCGGGCAAUCUAAAUCUUGAUGUCUGCAUAAAAAUCUUCCACCGUAUGGUCAGACUUUACAGAGAAUCAUAUUAUCUGCUUGAACACUCAACCGACAAUGUUAGAUUGCUUAAGAAUGUCAAUUCCACUCAAAUAGCAAGAGAUAUUAAAACCGUGGAGGAGCAUGGAGAAUAUGGAAAUGCAAACUGGACGAGAAGGAUUCGUAUACCCGAGAGCUUGGCUACACAUUUUUUUGAUACGAACAUUGCAAAUACUAUUGUCGCGCAGAUUGUUGACUUUAUUGUGGUAAAGACGGAAAGUGGUGAGCUUGAAAACGGUGUUACUGAAAAAACAAAGAAGAAAAAGACUACGAAAAAGUCUGUGUUCUUCCAAGCAUCGAAGGACUCGCAAAAUAUGGCAAAAAUUGAGUUCUAUUUAGACUCAGUAGCACCAAAGAAAUUUGGAGGUUCUUAUGACGAAGUUCGCGAUAACUUCCCCAAAUGUAGUAAUUACAUUACAAUAAACACCGUCCCCUGGGAAGCUUGUAUCAGUGGCACGCCUCAUUCGUCUAUCGAUAGAUCUCACAUGCCAUCAAUAGCAAUGUUGGACCGAGACUACAGAGGAUUACAAAAGUUACGAUUCGAGAACGAAUGUAAAAGCAAGAAAGAAAACAAAGAAGGAUCGUACACUGCCACGCAAAGGGAGCUAUUAAUGAAGGGAGAAUUUUGGCAAGUUCUUAAAAAUGAAAUUGCAGACAUAAUUGCAGUGUCAAAGUAUUACGAGAUGAACGGCAAAGAUUUUGUAAAUUAUACACUGGCAGUCACUCAAAUGUUGCAUUACUGUAAAGAUCAUGAUAUUCCGAGUGCGCCAGAAUUGGCGCAAAACGUGCAGAAAGGCCGUUUGAUUAAUCAAGAUCAGUAUAACGUUAUAAUGAAUCAUUUCAAAUCGAAACUGGCAAUUAUUUGAAGCUUACGAAAUAGUUCAAUACUUUUUGUACAUAAGUUUUCCGUAUCUGUGAUACUGAAUUGUUUUCCGUUGUUGUAUCUGUAAAUUACAAU